ACAAUCUCAAUCUCAGCUGAGCACUGGCAGGAGCCAUCUCUCUAUUGAGACAAAGGACACAGAGAUGGCAAUAAAGUGAGUUAUUUCCUAUUUGAUUCAAGGGCUUAUAGUAACACAAUUCUUCAGCCAACUACUCACAGCAACAAUGUGGAAAGGGAGGUUUGCACUUUCUGGUAGAUUGUGUUGCUUUCCCAAGGAUCCACUUGAAGAGGCUGAGACUUGGGGAGAGUCUGUAGACAAACUCCUGGAAUGUAAAUCUGGCCAAAUAGCUUUCCGUGAUUUCCUCAAAUCGGAGUACAGUGAGGAGAACAUCUUGUUUUGGCUGGCCUGUGAGGAGUACAAAAAGAUUAAGUCAGUUCCUGAGAUGAUCUCCUCUGCCAAUAGGAUCUACUCAGAGUUUGUCCAAGUGGAAGCCCCCAGACAGAUCAAUAUUGAUUGUGGGACCAGAGAAAACAUAACCAAAAACAUCUCCCAGCCCAGCCUGUCCUCCUUCGACACAGCACAGAAGCUGAUCUACAGUCUGAUGGCCAGGGACUGUUACCCACGGUUUCUCAAGUCGGACCUUUACCAGGCACUGCUGAUGAGAGCAGACUCAAGGUGACUCUCUCAAACUAUGGGCUCACCAACUGUGGUUUCUCAUCUUUUUAUCUCACAGUCUUAUCACUCAUUUAUCGUUUGUUUCACUUCAAAAUAGUAGUACAGGUAGCCAUGCCUACUGUCGAUGAGUAAUUGAGUAGUCAAUGAUGGGUGAAGAGGCGUUUAACUCAAAUGUGUGCUAUACUUUAACCUUUAGAUUUCUGGAACAAUGUGACCGUUUUCAAUGCUGCAUUUAUGAACUUGCAUAUCCGUCCUCUCAUAUAAUAAGACAAUUGUUUCAACAAUAUUAUAACAUUUGGAUUUGUCACAAUUUUUAAUUCUGAUUAAUCUGGUGUCUCAUUUAAAAUGAACAUAAAUGUUACUGUAUAUGGUUUGUUUGGUUUUCAAAGUGGCUAACCUCUGUAAUUAAUUAUAUGAUUUAAUGUACCCAAAUACAACAAAUAAGGGAUU